AUGAAAUCUCUCCGCCACGAGAAAGAGGUGGCGCAAGAGAGAGCCGAUGAUUUGGAAAAAAAACUUAAAGAAGCCGAGGAAGCGAAAUUUAAGUUGGAACAAGAGCUGGCCGAUUGGCAGAAAAAAUAUAUCAACUUGGAAAAUGAGCUCGAUUCUGUCCAGAACGAAUUGGAAAGAAUGCAGGAUAUUGAAAAAAUGAAGGCUAAACUGGAUGACGAAGUCCAGUGGCACGUGAAAAAAUACGGCAUAUUGGAGCAAGAACUGGACUCUGCGCAAGCGGAGUUAGAAAAGGCCAAAGAGUGCUACGCGGCCAAAGAGAAAGUGGACGAAGAGCUGACCUGGCUGCAGAAAAAAAACACCAACUUAGAGAAGGAGUUCGACGAUGUGUCUAAGAAGCUGGAGGAAACCACUGAACGUCUGAAUCUCUCCGAGCAAAAAGUGUCCGAAAUGGAGGCCGAGACCCAGGCUCUUCACCGUCGUAUCCAGAUUCAAGAUAUGGACCUGACUCGAAGCGAAGAAAUGCUGGAUUUGAAGAGUGUCAAAGAAGAAGCCAACCAGGAAAAACUGAGCGAAGCCGAAUUACGGGCGUCCACUGCCGAAUCAAAUGUAACCCGCCUGGAAGGAGUCAUUGAGAACCUAGAGCAAGAAUUAGUUAAGGAGAAAGAAAAAUACCAGAUUCUUUGCGAUGAUCUGGAGGCUGCCUACGCCGAAUUGGUAAUUUAA